AUGAAGUAUCUUGCCGCCCUCUUCUUUGCCGGCCUUGCUGUCGCCCAGCUCGGCUCGCUGCCGACUUGCGCUCAAAGCUGCGCCAGCAAGUACCUCGCCGGCGGCAUCGGCAACUGCGGCACCGAUCCCAAGUGCAUCUGCGAAGACUCGGAUUUUAUCAGCGGCAUCGCCUGCUGUCUGGCUGAGCCCGGUGGCUGCGACACGGCCGAUCAGUCCUCGGCCGUCGCCUACGCCUCGCAAAUCUGCGCCGCCCAGGGCGUCACCGUCCCUUCGGCCGUCAGCUGCACGUCCUCCCUUUCCAGCUCCGGCACCGCUGCUUCGGCUGCUACUGCUACCGCCACCGUCUCCUCCAGCACCGCUGCGACCACCGCCGCCACCGUCGCGUCCACCAGCGCAGCCACCACCGGUGCCAAGACCUCGACCAGCUCGACGGCCAAGUCGGCCAGCUCCACCAAGUCGGCCACUGCCUCGACCGCUUCGGUUGCCACCACCGCGGCCAGCUCGGCCAACUGGGCACCGCAGCAGUCGGCCGCCCUGGGCGGCGUCAUCGGCGGUCUCGCCGCCGCUCUAGCCCUGCUGUAA